UCUUUACAGCUGCUGUUGGGUCAGUGCUGGUGGUCAGAGGUUUAGCAGCGUGGAUCCGCGAUCAAGGUGAGAAGAGUAGGCAGCCCUGAGCUGGGGAAGGUCGUCUCCACUGUCCACCAGCUGUUCUGACGAACGGCGGCGGCGUCGACGGCCAUUCCCGGCUCUCCGCCCCGCCCGCCAAUGGCGGCCGCCGCGCUGAGGGACCCGGCUCAGAUUCCCAUGACAGUGGAAGUGCUGGUGGACCCUGAACAGCAUGUGAGCUCUUUUUGCCAUGUGGAGCCAUCUGCCAUACUACAGUGCAGCACAAAGCUCUUCACUAGAUGCAGCCUCUUGAACUUGCGCUUCUCAGCCUGGAGAAAUGACUGUGUGACCUUUGAGGAUGUGGUCAUUUACUUCUCCCAGGAGGAAUGGGACCUCCUGAAUACAUCUCAGAGGCUCCUGUACCUUAAUGUGAUGCUGGAGAACUUUGCACUUAUAACCUCUCUAGGUUAUGGGCAUAGAGAAAAUGAUCAAGAGGCAUCUGUGCAGGAGGUGUAUGUGGAAGGAGUGUCACACUUGAUGACUCCAAAGGCUGAUCCAACCUCCCAGAGCGCUCACCCUUGUGAUGUCUGUGUCCCAGUCUUGAAAGACAUUUUGUACCUAGAUGAUCCACCUAUGCAGAAGCCGUACCUGGUUGGGGCAAAUGAAAACCUCCCCCAGCACCAGAAAUAUCAUAGUGCAGAUAAACCCUUGAAGAAGGAUGUGGAUAGAAACUCACUUUUGAAGAGUGAUGAAUUUGGUAUGUCAGGGAGUUCCUUUAAUUAUGAGGAUCUUUGGAAGGAUUUCCCACCUUUAUUGGAUCUUCUGAGUCCCCAGGUCAUUCCUAAUGGUGAGAAGCUAAACAUCUCUGAGUUUGGUGAGUCCUUUCAUCAUGGAAAAAGUUAUUACAACUUGCCUAAGUGCAGAACAACUUCCAGGAACUUAAGUAUGUCUUUUCAUAACCUGAAACUCUACUCUGAAAAAAAUAUUUAUGAGCACACCAACUGUGACAAAAUGUUCCAUGAUGAGUACUCACUUGCCCAGCACCAGAGAGUCCACAUUGUAGAAAGGCCUUAUGAGUGUAGAGAAUGCGGCAAGUCCUUUAAGGAGAGAUUUUCCCUUACUGCACACCAGAGGGUUCACACUGGGGAAAAACCUUACAAGUGUAGAGAAUGUGGGAAAUCCUUUAGGAGAGGAUGUUUCCUUACCAUACACCGGAGAGUCCACACUGGAGAAAAGCCUUACGAGUGUAGAGAAUGUGGGAAAUCCUUUAGGGAAAGGUGUUCCCUUACUAAACACAAGAGAGUCCACACUGGAGAAAGGCCUUAUAAGUGUGGUAAGUGUGGGAAAUCUUUUACUCAACGCACCCACCUUGUUAGUCACAGCACAAUUCACACUGGAGAGAAGUCUUAUGAAUGCAAUGAAUGUGGGAAAACUUUUAGGCAAAAGUCUGUUCUCAUUAGACACCAAGUAGUUCACAAUGGAGAAAGGCCUUAUAAGUGUGGUGAAUGUGGGAAAUCUUUUAAUCAGCGCUCCAACCUUAUUUCUCACUGGGGAAUUCACACUGGAGAGAAGUCUUUUGAAUGCAGUGAAUGUGGCAAAACCUUUAGACAGAAGUCUGUUCUUAUUAGACACCAGGUAGUUCACAAUGGAGAAAGGCCUUACGAGUGUAAACAGUGUGGCAAAUCCUUUAAACGAGGAUACGCCCUUACUGUGCAUCAGAGGGUCCACCUGGAGAAAGGCCUUAUCAGUAUAGACAGUGUGGCAAAUCCCUUAAGUGAGGAUACACCCUUACUGUAUAGAGAGUUCACCCUGGACAAAGACCUCAUGAAUGCAGAAAAUGUUGGAAAUCUUUCACACAACAUUCAUCUCCUUCAACCCCAACAGCAUCGCAUCUUAGAAAGGCCUCAUGAAACUAGUGAUUAUAGGACAGCUUUCAGCCCAAGUUCCAACAUCAUUGAGCAGCAGAAAGUCCCUGCUUGGGAACAACUUUAGAUCUGACAGGAAUGUGCUUUUUGGUCAGUUUAUCUAUACUAGAGAGCCUUUGUGCCAGUACUUAACCCACACACUUCCAGAUGUCUGGUGGGUGAGAUUCCUGGAGUUCAGACACUGGGUGAGACUUCCAGAAACUGUUCUGCACAUUAUGAGCAUUCCAGGGCCUUACCAGAGUAAAAUCAUUCUUGGCAAAAUCCACCCUGGUGUGGUAAAGCAAGCCACAUAUGUCUCUUUCCUCCCUGGAAAUCUUGAGUAGCCUGCUCGAUUGGGGGAACUUUUCCCUUUUCUGAAUACUCAUACCAUGAUACCCCCAAUAGUGCCAAAGGGACUCGCUCCUAGUUCCACUUGUGCUUCCAAGGCAGGCCUCAUUUUCCAUGGAAAUUGUUGCUCUCACACAGCUCCUGUAGCUGAUGUUUCUAGUCUCCAAGUUGACUGGCUACUGCCUGCCUCACAUUUAUACGCUUGUACACUAAUAAAGGCCUUAUUGUUGAAUCCAUCUUGAGCCAUGAUUGUUGUA